UCACCUUAUCUGUUUAUACCUUGAGAUGUGUGAACGUUGGACGAGUUUCCGACAACGUGUUGGCAUCCCAAUCUCAUAAUGAGCAUCAAACGAGUUCUUCAGUUUGUUUUGAGUCUAGUAACGCUCACAAUAAUUAUCCAACUGGUAUUAUUUACCAAUCUGCCACGCGGAACACGGUACCGUAAUCGUGACAAUUUCUUCUGCGACGCAAUUCACAUUGGAGUUCUUCACGUCACCUCCGCCACCCAACUGUACAAAACACUCAAGUUUCUGGUGUUCUAUCGAAAUUCUCCGCUUCACUUUCAUUUCUUUGUCAACGAAACCGGCGCGAAAAUUGUUAACACUCUGUUCGAAACGUGGCAUUUGCCUCAAGUGCAGAUCAGCACUUACGAGUCCAAGGAUUCAAAAUCUACUGACACCCUCGACGAAAAAUUGCAAAGCCUCCGACGUCCUGAAUUGCUAAAUCACACAGAUAGGUUAAUAGUAAUGGGGUCGAAUCUGCUAGUCAUGGGUGAUUUGCAGCAAUUUUGGGAUUUGUUCGACCACUUUCAAAUGUCGCAGGUACUAGGAGCUGUUAAACGUGGCGACAACAAAGCGGAGACUGACAUCUUCCUGUUGGAUCUAAGCAAACUGCUCUCCAUGACUGGGCCGCUUAAUUCCGCUACUGGAGUGCACUUCGCUGCUGUUAAUCCUCAGUACUUACGGUGGACUUAUGUGGAAAACAUCGUGGACAAGGACGAACUAAACUCGGUGAGGGCCAUUCUGUCAAACAUGGGUCAAGAUAUUCCACCCAGACGUAUAUCUCGCUGUACAGAUCUGCAUGAAUCGAACAGCACGGAUGCGCCAACUCUUCCGGCAUGUUCCUCACUUCCUGAAUCACAGAUGUUCAAGCGCAGAACCCUUCUGUUCAUCAGGCGUUUCAGUUACGCCCCCAAAGAACACGACGUGACCCUCGUUACUCAGUUUCCCUACGAGAAACUUGAUGUUUUCGAAGCGAUGUGUCGCAGAUGGCUUGGACCGAUAAGUGCGACAGUCUACCUUUCGGAGGCCGACUUGGAGAAGACCAUCGAUUUCAUUGAGAAGUCUUCAGAUUUAAAACGUCGCUAUAACGUAGCGUACCACGCCGUUUUUAAAAGAGGGGAAUUUCGGCCAAUGAAUUACCUAAGAAAUGUUGCUCUACGCAACGUCGUCACGUCGCACGUCUUCUUAGCGGAUAUCGAUUAUUUGCCGAUGUCAAAAUUGCACAAAACGCUAUUGCCGUACCUUGCAAAGAUGGCGACGCACAAGAAGGCAUUGGUAAUUCCGGCGUUUGCAACCAAUGGGUCCAAACCGGUGAGCCCACUUACAGUAGAUGAGUUAAAAGAGGCUUGGGAUAAGAGGUUUAUUAUCCCGCUCCCAGAGAAAACGCUCGGUUCUGAGCACCUUCCCACCGAUUACAAGAGGUUGAGAAAUGCGACAGAACCAUAUACGAUACAAUGGAAACCUAACCAUGAUCCUUGCAUAGUCGUCCAAAGUAACGUUGUUGAAUAUGACGAAAGGUUUUUCGGAUAUGGUCACGGCAGAGUAUCGCACAUUUUAGAAUUGCAUACCCAAAAUUAUGAGUUUAUCGUGUUACCCAAUACUUUUGUGGUAUAUCUUGAUCACCUAAAAGGUCGAGAUUACGAACAGUUCGCAAAAGAUGACUAUCGAUCAUGUCUCCAAGCGAUAAUUGAACAAAACGUCGAUGAUCUCAACCGAAAGUAUGGCACUAAGUAUAACAUUACGAACCUGUAUGGAGAACCUACGAAAUCAAGUGUUGUAAAUACUACAUAAGGCCGCCACUAAACCUGCAGGUGCAAUAAAAUGCCUACCUACGUUAC